AUGACUUCAAAUUUGUCAUUUGCAAUUGAUUUAGAACAGUUGGAAAAAGAAAUUCAACAAAGCGAACAAUUAGAAGGAAACAAACAAUUAAAAUCUACAGACUUGAGUGGAAAUAUUGGUGGGAGAAAUGAUUCGAAAAAAGUUUUGGGAAACACUGUUCAGUUUGAUUGCGAGUUUGAUACUUUAGAUGAAAGCAUUAAAGACACUUUGAAUCGAGACUUGAAAAUCCUUUAUGAAAAAUUUUCGCAAGUUUUAUUUCCUCAGAAGAAUGAAAUGAAUGUACUUGCUGAUUGGGAUCUUUGGGGUCCUCUAUUUAUUUGUGUGCUUCUUUCACUUUUAUUGCAAGGAGCUGAGAAGGGAGCACAAUUUACCCAAAUAUUUUCUUUGGCAUUUUUUGGUUCUCUUGUGGUUACGCUUAAUGCUAAAUUGCUUGGAGGAAAAAUGUAA